AUGUACGAGAAGAUUUCUAUAAUAGUUUUCCUCGUGUCUCUGAUCCUCUGCCAAAUAAGGAGUUUUUCUAGAAUUCUCCGUCACAUCCGUAGACUUAUGAUCAUUUGUCAGGGUCGUGAGCCAUUCAUCGCCUCAACUUUCAGGUGCCACGCGCAUACGUUUCAUGUGUGGCACCCAGAACGCCUGAGCAAUAGCGAGUGUACGAGCUUUCGUUUUUUGUACAAGCCGAUUUUGGACUCUUUGGAGCUCCUAUUGGCUCCCGAAUGUCAAGUUGAUCGCAGGAUCACAUCAGUCUGGGACCUGUGGCUCGCUUCACACAUGCGUCGUAAUGACAUAUUCAUUUACGUUGGUGAUAUAAGAAUGUACAUAUUCUUUUUUGUGCGUUUCCGAAGUCUGCGGCGCCGCGGUAUCUAUUGCAUCUACUUCCAAACCGAGCCGAUUCACCUUGUGCUCCCGGUAUUGUUGGACAGACUAGGCCUGUUUUCUAAGCACCAGCCCGACGAAAUCUGGGACUACGCAGCCCUUAACCUCACAACUCUCCAGAAACUUGACGUGCCUAGUCUCACCUGCAAGUCCUUUUUGAUUGACCACGCGUCAAAGCUCGAGACACCCGACCUCAUCUUCCUCGGCAACAUCAAGCAUCGACAGCCCGGAAGUUCAAUUUUCCUCAACAUUCACAAGGUUGGGGCCACGACAAUCGAAGCCCUUCGCAUCAACAAACUUCUUGGCCACAAAGCCCUUAUCAUUUCGGAACCCUGCGAAGAAAUCGACCGUCUGAACUACAACGGCCUCGUUUUCUUUGAGCCGUUGGAGUGUAUCCCGCAAAAAUUUGACGAGCUCGUUGCAAUUGGACCUGAGAGACGGCAGAAACUGGCCGAUGAGAUCUACGCAAGCUCACCUGACACAGAAGGACGAAGCCCCAAAAGCACAUGUGCCAGGCUGCCACUUAUCCCGAAGGCACUAAUGCGACCUUCAACGACUGGCAAGCCUGGUUGUUGCUGCUGGAUUGCAAGGCAGGUUUCCACUGACAUGUGGCCCAAACUUGCUUUUAGAGACGAACAGCGUACCGCGGCUAUGGGAGAUGAGUUCCAGACAGCACGUGCGGCACCGAUUUCGAUCGGAUCACCUAGUGGCGACCCUGUGCUGCCGUGUCUAGGGCGGCGCAUGCUCCAGAUAGUCCAAGUAUUUGGAGCUGCAGUAUUUCCCAAACAUGAGUGUGCACAUGACAGGGAUAUACUGAUUUCUGGAUCAUUUGAAACGCCACGAGAGUCGAGACCACUUUCGAGCACUGGGACCGAUAGAAAAGAACCGGAGUCCAGACCGGCAUCUGAUAGUGACUCGCUGCUAUCGAGGUCAGUCCCGAGGAUUUACAGGAUUGAUCAAGAGAGAACGGCACUAAUGUCCAGUCCACCAAGCGAGUUGAGCGAGGAUGCGGGUCAAACAGAAACCUCGCCAACUACGCUCAAAAUCCAGAAUCACAUCGCAAACUAUCACGUCUCCACUCGUCGUUCUUACUUCAGAAGCACAUGUGCUCUAAACCUAACCCAGCGACGUGGACAGAAGACCAUAGUAGUAGUCUACAAUCAGCGGGCAGACUGCACCCCUCCGUCUUUGAACGACUGCUACGCGCACGUGCGUCCUAGAAACGAGUGUUCGCCUGGAAAUUGGAUCUUGCGGAGGGCACCAAGCCGUCGAUUUGCGCCAAAUAGCGAUACCCGGGUGGUUAACACGCUGGGAGUUCAGUCGCCGAAUUACACUGUAUGCAUAUUUCUGUGCGAGCGCAACCGACGCACGGCAGCACUGAACUUGACUCACUACGAAAGGUACAAGGAACUCACAAAGGCAAGAUCGGCCAUUAUCAGAGAUGUUGGAGUAUGGUCGAAGUUAAUGAGAGAUCCUCGCUCUGCAAUGCGGUACGCGGCUUCUGAGGUAUUGACCCUUGACGAUGAAUUGGCCUAG